UAGCCUUUGCCACGACAAUGCUAACGUUAGAAUGCUUAGUGCAGUCAAAUGAAUGCUAAUGUUAGUCAUUAAAAUAUUACGCUCCUCUAUUAUUCUUUUUCUUUCCCAAAUCCCAAAUCUCUCUGAACCAGGUUUCCUUCCGUCAUCGACAUCGUCAAAGCAGUGUUUGGCUUCUCUGGAUAAAGCGAUCAAAUUGCUUUUUGCUUAGAAUUUUUGUUUGAGAAAAGUCUAACCUUGACUGAACUCCAAACUCUCGAUCCCGUCAGGUUUCAUUCCGUCAAUCUUGAUCCCGGUUUUGAAAUAACAACAUUGGGUGACCCAACUAAGAUGGCAAUGGCCCAGCUCCCUCAGGACCUCAUAGAAGAAAUUUUGUCAUGGCUUCCCGUCAAAUCUCUUAUGCGUUUCAGGUGUGUUUCUAGGACUUGGAAUUCCCUAAUCUUCCAAGCACACUUUGUCAAAUUGAACCUUCAAAGGUCAUCUAGAAACACCCACGUCCUAUUAAGGUGUCAAAUUAAUACUGUGUUUGAAGAUAUGAGGGAUCUCCCAGGCAUCGCCCCAUGCUCUAUAUGUAGUUUACUUGAGAACCCAUCAUCCACUGUUGACAAUGGUUGCCACCAGCUAGACAACAGAUACUUAUUUAUAGGUUCCUGCAAUGGGUUGGUUUGCUUGAUUAAUUUGGUUGCUAGAGGUGAAUUCAGUGAAUACCGGGUCUGGUUUUGUAACCUGGCCACAAGGAUCAUGUCUGAAGAUUCACCACACUUAUGUCUUCGCUCAUGCAAUUAUAAACUUUGGUGGUAUCAAGUGAAGUGUGGGUUUGGUUAUGAUGAUCGGAGUGACACUUACAAGGUGGUGUUAGUCCUUUCGAAUAUUAAGUCACAAAAUCGGGAGGUGAGAGUUCACCGCUUAGGUGACACUCAUUGGAGAAAGGUUUUAAAUUGUCCGGAAUUCCCCAUUUUGGGAGAAAAAUGUGGACAACCUGUGAGUGGCACUGUUAACUGGUUCGCAAUUCGCAAGUUGGGUUUUGAUUAUGAAUGGGAAACUGUCACCGUCGAUCAAUUAGUAAUUUUUUCAUAUGAUCUAAACAAGGAGACAUUCAAAUAUUUGCUGAUGCCGAAUGGUCUUUCUCAAGUUUCCCGUGGCCCUGAACGUGGGGUAUUGAAGGGCUGCUUGUGUCUUUCUCAUGUUCACCGGAGAACCCAUUUCGUUGUUUGGCUAAUGAGGGAAUUUGGAGUUGAAAAUUCUUGGACUCAAUUGUUGAAUGUAACUCUUGAGCUUCUUCAAGCCCCUCUGCCCUGUGUAAUACUGAAGCUUCUGUGCAUCUCUGAAAAUGGUGAUGUCCUGUUGCUGGCAAAUUAUAUAUCUUCAAAAUUUAUUCUCUAUAAUAAGAAAGAUAAUAGAAUAGUCCAUACUCAAGAUUUCAACAACCAAGUGCCAAUGUCCUCCCAUGAUUAUAUUCAAAGCUUGGUUUUGCCAUAUGGAAAUUAAGGUACCGUACGUUUGCUUAUAUGAGUUUUUGUUAAAUUAUGUAAGUGUUUUCAGAAUCUUACCAUUUAUUGUAUGCACAUGACAGAUUGUGUGGAUAUUUUGGGUUGUUCCUUACUUUGCUGGAUGGUUCUAUUGGCUAUUGCUAAUUGUGUGUUUGCUUUGGUUUUGGCUGCAUUA